GGAAGAUUGAAAAUUUAUAUGGUCCCAGUAAAUCUUCAUAUUAUCAUUUGGAUUGGGUUCUUUGGAGCUGGGUAAACAAGGGCUUGGAUUGAACCCGGACCAGUCCAAAUUUUAUCAUACUUAAAAGGAUAUGCUGGAAAAAGGAACUGGGUUAUGCAGCAGUAUGACAGAAGCUAACAAGCCAUGGCCAUUCAGGCUGGAGCUUGCAACAGAUCAUAUUCGUUGGGAUAGCCUUUGUAGCAGCAGCGUGAGACAAGCUAACAAGUCAUGGCCAUUCAGGCUGAAGCUUACGAGAGAUCAUAUUCGAUGGGAUAGCCUAAAGAUUUCGCCUUCGCAGGAGUUCGAAGAUCACAUUUUGAGAAAACUUGAUGAAGGUUCAUGCAAGAUUUUGGAGUCGUGGAUUCCUAUUGAGAUACACAUCUUUGAUGCUGACAUUCAGGAAACGUACAGAGUAAAGUUGACAAAGAAGAAGUCCUUCUGGUUUGAGCCAUUGCCUGAUGGGAAGCAGGAACAGAAAAAUAAUCUCUCUUUUCAUGGAAACAAGGGCAUGAAUGAAUUUUCUUAUUCUUUGGAGCCAUUCAGGCACAUUAUUACCACAAGGAAUCUGAGAUGUGGUAAAGAGAUUGGAUUGUGCUGGUCUGGUAGCAGCAGUAUCAUAAAAUUUGAUUUCUCAGUUCUGUAUUCACCAAUGUUGGAACCUGAAAACAUAAGAAUUUGUAAUGUAAGCUGAUUUAUCACAGAAGAUGGCUUAAGAUUAAAA